AGCAGCACCUGAACGCAGCAUUUGCACAGGGAGAACUACACCAGGCGAUAAGAUUUAGUAAACAACCCCGUCGUUAGCUUUACGUUUACUGGUCUUUGUUUGCGUCUUCGCUCCGAGAAAUUGGAUUUAAAAUCACGCUGUUUGACAGAAAGGAGAUUCUUGAGGCCCCUGUGAGUCCGUUCCGUUUGUAGUGCGCUGUUUUAAAGUGACUCCUAACAGCACCAGCUACACGGACCCUUUCUCUCUGACUGGCCGUAAACAAACGACGAGAUUAGCAGCACACUGCAUUUAAACCAUGGCAGUGUCACCACAGCGCCCCCUCGUGGCCGUCCUCUGUCUGCUCCUCUACUUCUUGAGGAGCGGCCUGUCAGUCCCUGACCCCCGGCAGAGAGAGGCCCUGAUGAAGCUGGAGGCCUCGAUGCAGACAGGUGGACAGGUGGUUCUGACAGAUGCUGAGCAGCGUCUGGAUGCUCUGCUGUUCAAAAUGAAGCAGGAGGAGAUCAGGAAAGCAGACUUCCCUCCCUCAAUGCACUUCUUCCAGGCCAGGCACCUCAUCGAUAGCAGCCCCAUCUUCAGCCUGAUGCAAAAGAUGCCCAAAGGGGGAGCUCUCCAUGUCCAUGACCUCUCUAUGGUUUCUGUUGAUUGGUUGGUGAAAAACGUGACCUAUCGUCCAAACUGCUACAUGUGCUGCACCGACAACCGCUCCAUCAGAUUCAUCUUCUCGUCCCGAUGGCCCAAAGCUCUGCCGCGCUGCUCUGCCUGGACGCUGCUGGAAAACCUCCGGGCCAAGACGGUCAACGUCACAGACCUGGACAACAGCAUCGAGGGCAACCUGACCCUCUUCACCCACCAGGAUCCAGAGUCCGUGUACCCCAGCCAGGACGUGGUCUGGGACCGGUUUGAACAGGGCUUCCUGGCGUUGUGGGGUCUGGUCACGUACGCGCCUGUGUUCAGAGACUACUACCACGAAGGCCUCACGCAGUUCUACGCCGACAACGUCAUGUACCUGGAGCUGCGAGCUUUACUCCCCGAGAUAUACGAGCUGGACGGGAGCUUUCAUGACACUGCGUUCACUCUGAAGACCUACCAGGAGGUGACCACACGGUUCACAGACCAGCACCCGGACUUCUUUGGAGCGAGGAUCAUCUUCACGAUCAACAGGGGAGUAAAUUUGUCCGUGAUGGUCCGAGCGGUGGAGGAGGCUAUGAAGCUACAGAGAGACUUCCCCGACUUCAUGGCUGGUUUCGACAUGGUGGGCCGGGAGGACAGUGGCAGACCCCUGUGGUUCUUCAGAGAGGCGUUGUCACUGCCGGCAGAGAGAGGAGUGACGCUGCCUUUCUUUUUCCACGCUGGAGAGACGGAUCUGGAGGGCACAGACGUGGACCAGAACCUGCUGGACGCCCUUCUGUUUAACACUUCUCGUAUCGGGCAUGGGUUUGCUCUGCUGCGCCACCCGGUGGCCAGAGAUAUGUCCAGGAAGAGAGGGGUGGCUGUGGAAGUGUGCCCCAUCUCCAACCAGGUGACAAAACUUGUCAAAGACCUUCGAAACCAUCCUGCGGCUGCACUGAUGUCAGAGGACCAUCCUAUGGUCAUCAGCUCCGACGACCCCGCCAUGUUCGGCUCCUCUGGACUCUCUCACGACUUCUAUGAAGCUUUCGUUGGAUUCGGCGGCUUGAGUUCACAUUUAGGCACCCUGAAACAGCUGGCCAUGAACUCGAUAAGGUACAGCUCUUUGAGUCCACCGCAGCAGGAGAAGGCCCUGGCUCUGUGGCAGAGAAGAUGGGAUAAGUUCAUCUCCGAAAAUACUCGUUAGGAGGAAACAGCCGCCAUCUUUAAACGCCACCAUGCUGAACAUGAGAGGGAAAAGUGUCUUUCCUUUUCUGACAUCUGCUGUAAAAAACUCCUUACGUCCAAGUCGCCUUAAAAUGGAGCUGAUGGUAUCCAUUGGUUAUACUGAGCAGCGUGAAACAUGCCUGAGCGUUGGGCCGUAAGAUGCAGAGUGAGGAUUUGACUUCUCAUGACUUUGCACUUUGAGGGGAGAAUUCACUAAGAAUGUUUUUGGUCGCUAGCAGCUUCAUGAAUUUCGCUCGCUAUCUGCUCCAUCUCAAGGUCUAAUUCGCAAAUUAUGUUGCUCUCAUGAUAUUCAAGAACAUAAACAACCUUAAAGUUUGUUGAUUGUGGCGUCGUCAGCUGCUCCUCUCUCGGCGUGCAGAUCUCAAAGAUGCUGAGCUGCGGGGGAGGGGACACUUUCUACAUUUUGUUGUGCAGUCUAGUUUUUAUCGAUAUACUUUUUUCUCCGUUUAAAACGAAGCAUCCUCCCUGUAUUGUGCCGGUGAGAGCGGCGCCAUCCUUUUGUGAAUUAGGCCGUGAGACAUGUAGUUACAGAGCCAGGCAGGAUUGUUAUCUCUGUGUAUGUGUGUGUGUGUUUAUAAAUUGUGUUGGAUGCAGUGGGCAGUUUUUAAAUCAUUGUUUAGUUUUUAAAAUCUUUUUUCUUGAAUGCAAGUUUUUGGGAUUUAUUUUUGGCUCUCCGUUAUUUAUAGGUGCAGAGUUGACCUUUGCUCACAUUUCAUGUAAUCAUAAGAAACCUACCUGAAGCCCUGAGUAUACUUUCCUUUAACGUACGUGUGACAUCAGGUUUCUGCAAGUCCUCAGAAAUUAACACUGCGAGAUGCAAUAUGCAUAUAACCACUAGGGGCAUUGUUGAGUUGUACGAUGAUGAGACUGGAAAUGAUCACAUCGAGACACCAGAGAGCCGCUACGACAAUGGUGGAAAAUGUGGAAGAAAAGUUUAUAGAUCAAGUCCGUAACUACCCACACUAUGAUGUGUUGUUGCACAAACGUGUGCCAAAUUAGCCGGCGACAGAUCAUCUCUACCUCUGUGUUUUACACCAUCUGAUGAAUGUGGUGCUCCCUCUAGAGGAAUCCUCCAGUAACACAUGUUGUACAGAGGCAAGUAUUUGAACAUUUACGUUCACGAUGCAGCUGGUUGUCUACACGUCGUAGGCAAGGUUCAAAAGCAAGUUUAUUUGAGCCUUUACAAUAAUUCAUGCAUAAUAUUUUAAAGUGAAUUUGAAAUAAAGAUGAAAACAAAAUUUCCAACUGCCGAACUUAAAUAUGACAAUAAAUCAACAGAUCGUU